AUGUCAUUAUUCAAAGAGUACUAUUGGGACGAGAACUCAGAGUUCAGAGAGCGUCACAAAGCAUACAUCAAACAAAAGACAACAAAAACACUUGAAGAGAUAAAACAGCAAAGAGAGGAGAACUUGGUUAAAGCGAGAGCAGCUAGAAAGAAACAAUCAGAGUAUAUAUUGUAUGAUUCAGAUGAUGAUGUUGAUGAAGUGGAUGAACAACCACAACAACAACAACCACCUCUAAAACCAAAGCGCAAGACAACAACUGUCUCUGCGUUGGAUAAGAAGUUAGAUGACUUUGUAAGCAAGUAUAGCAAUGAUCAAAGCAAGAUUGAGUCGUUGCUAACAUUGAUGCAACCAAAGCCAUUAUCUGCUUUGGCAGAUAAUGGUCUGGGCAGUGACUCUGGUAGAGUCACGACCAAGGUUGUUGAGGCUCCAACACCACUAGUUGAAAUAGAGCCAACAACAACAACAACAACAAAGACCAAUCCAUUUGCCAGAGGUAUGACACCAACAGCUACAUUCAACAAACAAUCAGACUUGCUCAGACAUAAGCUAAUGAUGAAGUUCUAG